AUGGCAGAGCCACUGAGCAUGGCUGUGAAAGGCGAUGUGGAGUCUGCCCAACAUCUGGACAGGGGACUAGGAUUCGCCGGAUUGUCUGGGUUCAUGAGCAGCGACAAGGAGCGCUCAGGCUUCGUGUUUCGCAGAUUCUCGAGUCUUGCAGCCAGGGACAUUUUGUAUAUGCAGAGCGAGCUGCUGGACCUGGAGCAGCAACUAGAGCGCCUUGACAAGGAGGAUGCAACUGGUGGAAGUGAAGAGCGACGAAUGGCGAAGAAUUGGCAGCAACUAUGCGAUCGCAGUGAUACCAGUGCAGCUGGUAGGCCUGGUCAGCCAUCUGCGACGCGACGUAGGAACUUGAUUCUGGAAAUCCGAGAGAAGCUGAAAGAGUACCAGGAAGCGGUCUUGAGAAAUUCUGAAGUCCUCAAACUCCAUCGUGUACCAGGAGACGUCCAUGACGCGCUAUUGGCAUACUUCUGGGCCACGGAAAAGAAGCAAGGCGUUCCGAUGCUGACGGGCGUAUGUGAGCACGUUUAUGGCAAAGAUCCGGGCAAGUUGUCAAUUAAGGAGAACAAUGCACGCAAGAAACGCGAGCGCGAUGAACUCAUGACAUUAGCUCUGCGUCGCUUCGAAGAUCCCCUGACAAAGACGCUUCGAGGUCAUUUCCAUGGACUGUGGCGAAGACGGUGGCAAGCAUCACGCCAAGUGGUGUCAUUGUCGGAGUAUCGGAUCAACGCUGUUGUUUCGGCAAUCAACGUUCUCGUUGUGGCAGGUCUGCUUUUCGGCGCAAUCUUCAACUUGUACUAUGUUAAGAACGAGGGAAGCAGACUGGGCAUACUGACGGCGUACACGAUCGUCUUCUCUGCGUCGAUCGCGGUCCUAACAGAGGCGAAACGCGCUGAGAUAUUCGGCGCUGCAGCAGCAUAUACGGCAGUCCUCGUGGUCUUUGUUAGUGGCGGACUGGGCAAUCCAGGUACCGCAGCCUGA